AUGUCUGAUCUUCCAAGGGAACUGGCAGAGGAGGCGCUCUGUCGAAUUCCGGUGACAUCUCUGAGACCAGUCCGAUCUACUUGCAAAAAGUGGAACAUGUCCAGAUGUGGCGUAUUUGCAAAGAAGCACCUUGCUCAUCACGCAAAAGUGGCAGAAGAAGCAAAGGAGGACCCUGUUGUGGUGAUGAUUAUGGAUUAUAGGGUUUUUUUGAUGAGAUUCAAUCUUUCCAACAUCAACAACAACGUUGAAUCAUGUGUAAAUCCCGAAGCUAAACUUAUUGGCCCAGACGGCUCGGAUCAAAUCGAUGUGCGUGAAAUCUUUCAUUGCGACGGUUUAUUGUUAUGCAUUCCCAAAGACCACUCCAGGCUCGUGGUUUGGAACCCUUAUUGGGGGCAAAUCAGGUGGAUCGAGUGCACUCAUAAUUACCACUUACAGCCUAACCACUUAGUGGACAAGUAUACGUAUGCUCUUGGGUACGACAGUAGCAGUAGUUCCCACAAAAUCUUGAGAUUUAGUGAUUUUGCCACUAUGUUUGUUGAGUUCAGGAUCUACGAAUUCAGUUCUGAUUCAUGGAGAAUUCUUGAUCUCCUUCCUCGAGUCUGGAUGAUAGGAUAUGGUGAACGUGGACUUACUUUAAAGGGAAAUACCUACUGGUUUGCUUCAGAAAUACAGUUUAAGAAUAGUUUUUUAGUCUGUUUUGAUUUCACAAGAGAGACAUUCUGGUCGCAUUUGCCUCUACCGUUUGAUGAUGCUUAUCCUGAAGAUACUGUGAGUCUAUCUAGUGUUAGAGAAGAUCAGCUUGUGGUUUUAUUCCAGCCCUGGGAUAUAUUGACGUUGGAGAUCUGGAUUUCCAAUAAGAUUGAUGAGCCUAACUCCGUGUCCUGGAACAACAAGGUGUUCUUAUCGGCGGAUAUCAGACAGCUCAUUCACCCUCAGUGGCAGUUUCCGGUAUCUGCGAGUUUUUUUAUUGAAGAGGAGAAGAAAAUCGCCGUGGUUUUUGCUAAAGACACAGAUAUACAAAACCCCACUCGCGAAGUAGCUUACAUCAUUGGAGUAGAUGGAUCCAUCAAAGCAGCAGAUGUCAGAGAAAGUGCAGACAAAGUUCUUACUGCACUUGUUUGCUCAUAUGUUCCAAGCUUAGUGAAACUUAAUUAGUCCACCUAUUUAUUAUCUA